AUGGUUGUGGUACUUGAUGUAGAUAAACUAGCGAUUUCUAGUGUGAAUCUUAAUGGACAAGAUAUCCAAUUCACCGUUGAACCAGGCACUCCUAUCGGAGAGAAAAUAGUGAUCAAGUCGCCUAUAAGCGAGGGCCAAGAAGUAAAACUCGCGAUAACUUACUCGACAGCUAAAGAGGCCGUAGCUCUUCAAUUUAUGGACAAGGAGAUGACUGCUGAUAAGAAGGUAUGA